AUGGAUACCUAUCUCAAUUCAUCCGCGGUCAACAGACACCAUUAUGCCCUCACGCACAAAGUCGAGAACGCUCCAAGUGUACAAGAAGCCGAUACUGCAAUAUGGCUCGAGAUAGAGAGAAUCAAGAAAGAACUCCAGCGUGGUCUCACCAAUGUACAGGGGCAGUUGGUCAUCCUCAUGUACUGCUAUACUGCUGCUGUUGCACGCUCCGUGACUGCCGCAGAUCUGGAAUUUGCGCUAUCUCCGGCAGUGAAUCUGGCUGCGACUGGGCGAGCAGUCAAGGACCGUCGGAUUGGGUAUAUGUUUUGCGCACAAUUCAUGUCUUCUGAGCAUCCACUGCAGCUGAUGCUUGUGAACACCGUGCGAAAGGAAAUUGAAAGCGAUGAACCUGCCCGUGUUGUCUUGGCACUCGACUUUAUUACCUCAUCCCCCAGCCAAUUCCUCGCCCCUGCUGUUGCUCCUCGUUUGGAGGUUUUGCUGGGCCAUAAAUCUCAAAACCUACGGCAUCGUGCACUUCUGGCACUCCGAGCGCUUGAUGGUCUGUCUCGUGAACCGUCUGAUUCGUAUCUUGCCCAUCAAUCAUCGACGAUCAUCCGCCGCAUUACUCGCGCCGCACGCGAAGAUCGAAUUAGGUCGGACGAAAUUGGGGCCGUAGGCGCAUUAUUGAUCGCUACUCGAGACUUACUCCAAUCAGGAGCAAUUCGUCCCAAGGAUGUGAUUACACCGAUAAUAGCACUACUUGAGAAGACCUUGUCAAACCUGAAACAGCGUCCACCUCGCCUCGUUACAUCACUUUUGGCCACUCUCCAACUUGGCAUUUCCACCAAUCAGAAUAGCGAAGAUUUUUCUGACGAGUCUUUUGUCGAGAUCGCGAAGCUUACGACACGUCUCGUUAUCGCAUUCGCUGACCGUCCUGCAUCACCAAAUGUACUACAAGCUUUUCGCCUUCUUGGAGCACUUCCGGUCCGCAUUCUUCAUUCUCUUUUCUCGCCUAAUUUGGCCGAAACGCCGUCACCUGGCUCCGUCAGCCAGUCCCCUUCAAAGAAACCUAAAAGAAAUCGCCACCCAGUAGUUGUUCUACGACCUUUACUCGUCUCACGGGAUCCCACAGAACGAUGGUCUGGGCUAACAUGUUUAAACUCUUUGGAUGUUCGUCUCUGGGCUGGAUUGCCAUUUGAAGAUGGGUCGGAUGGCACGACUAAGCUGAUCCCUCCUGUUCUUGAUGAAUGGGAAGUGGGUGCUAUCAUGCGUGGACUAAGCGACCUCGACGGGACCAUUCGUAAUUUGACAAUGGAUCUACUCUAUAAAGUUGAUCCCCAGCUGGUACAUGCCUUUCUUGAACAGCUGCUUACUCCGCCUCCUACCGCUACCGCACCCACGCCCCAGCCCAAACCCGUCGAAGCUCUCGAAGUGUUGUCUUUCUUGUAUCCAAAGGACGGAGCCAGUUUCGCGAGAGGGGUUAGCAAAAUAGUCAAUAUUACUGCUCGACGAGAACAAGGCGACGGGAAAAAGUCUGCUCCGGCUGUGAACGACAAGCUGGUCGAAGGUGUCAUUUUGACUGUUCAUGAGGGUGAUCAAGCUUUCCGCUCUGCGUUUGUGGAUGCCCUUCUGGAGAGUAUUGAACGGGAUAUGGACACCAGUUCCCUCAUUUCUCCGCUGACACCCGCUGCUGCUGGUCCAAGUACGAAAUCUGUGCAAACUCUCACUCUCGGGAGCAAGCCUGAUCCCACGAUUAUCCUGCUCUUCGCAACAACGGCUAUCGCCCUUUCGAAACCACGAAGCGGGGUUGAGAUAUUAUUGACUUUAUUGCCGGGAAGGGGAGCUGGCAUUCAGGAAGUACUUCUACUUGCGGCUCUUCGUCUUUUGCCUCGGUUGGAAAAGACUGAUACCAAGGCGGCCAAGGAAAGUGUAGAGGAAUUUACAAAGAUACAAACUAUGGGUAGACAUAUGCGUAGGUUUGCAGAGGAUAUUCAAGACUUGCGGAAACUUGUUGACGAGACAAGAGACAAGUCGCUUCCCGAGUUUCUCCAAGCUUUACUAUCACACAAACCUCCCUCCACCUCAACUCCUGAAGUACAAUCAUCACUGUCGUCCCCUAAAGCAUCCACCCUUCGCAAGGUUGCGUCGCCCAGCCCCGCUGUGGGCCGCACAAUCUCGCCGGAGUUUUCAACUGUCUCUUUAUCCAAUUCCCCCGCUCUCCGAUACGACGCGUAUGCACCCCCACAGUCUAUCCCUCGGCGAACCAGGCCUACUCCGCAAUCUCCGUUCCGUAGAGAGAGCGAAAUCAGGUCUAGUUCCAGCGACUCGAUUGUGUCGAGCGAUUUGGACGCAGGUGGCUCAACUCAAAAGGGAAAACGAUCCGUUAGCCACUUGGAACUGGAUGUGACGGGUUCUGCCAACCCCAAUGCGGACUUGAUCACCCUGCACACCGUCGAUUCGCCAUUUCGAGAAGAAAACAAUUUCGGCAAUCUUUCGAUCGAUGAAGCAGCGGCACGACGUACCCCAGACACUUUGUCUCCUCCGUUCCAUACGGCGGUCACAGCCUCUCCACACAUGGCUCAAGAUGGUGGAGACCUCGCGCCGAGCGACGCAGAUGCGAUCUGGAACUCGUUUGAUUCGGCAGAAGCUGAUUCUUCUUCAUCGUUGGGAAAACAGACUCUGAGAGGGUGGUGUGAUCGGACACCCGAGACUAUGGGAAAUGCUCUGCGCGCGAUCGAGGUUGGCUUUGUUACACAGAAAGUCGGACCAAAGCCAGGUCAUGCCUCUAAAGAGAAGGAGGUGCUUGCGUUUAUUCCCGCUCCCGCAGAUAGUCCCGAUACGGACGUAGCACGUGCAGUAGUUAGGCUUAAGCCGGCUGAUGAUGGAAGCUGUCUGUGGAUGCUGCGGUGUGUGGAGUUUGAACUGAGAGUGAAGAUACGGAAAGUGCUAGACGGGGAGUCAACCUGA